GUAACCAUGCAUUCAUUUAGAAUAACAUUCCUUCAAGCUAUCCUCUUCGCCGGAGCUGUUUCCGGCCUUCUCUCCCGCUUCGCCGUGGCACAAAACUGCGGCUGUGCUUCCAACCUUUGCUGCAGCAAGUAUGGAUACUGCGGCACCGGUGAUGCCUACUGCGGCGACGGGUGCCAACAAGGGCCUUGCUAUAGCAGUGGUAGUGGUGGAGGAUCUGUUGGUAAUAUUGUAACUCAGGCAUUUUUUGAUGGAAUCGCAAAUCAAGCAGGAGCUGGAUGUGCCGGCAAGGGCUUCUACACACGUGAUGCUUUCCUCAGCGCGGCUUCGGCAUACUCCCAAUUCGGCACCACCGGUGCUGAUGAUGUGCAGAAAAGGGAGAUUGCCGCAUACUUCGCCCAUGUCACCCAUGAAACCGGACAUUUCUGCUACAUUGAUGAAAUUAAUGGAGCUAGCCAGAACUACUGCCAGGCUAGCACAGCAUAUCCAUGCAAUGCCGACAAGAAGUACUUUGGCCGUGGUCCUCUUCAGCUUACAUGGAACUACAACUACAUCGACGCCGGCAAUGCGCUCAACUUCGACGGCCUUAAUGCUCCGGAGACUGUGGGUUCCGACCGGGUUAUAUCCUUCAAGUCUUCUCUUUGGUUCUGGACAGCCAAAAAGGUGCAUGAUGCCAUAACUUCCGGUCAGGGCUUUGGAGCCACCAUCAGGAUCAUCAAUGGCGGGGUUGAGUGUGAUGGCAAGAACACAGACCAGAUGAAUGCUCGGGUUGGAUACUAUAAGGACUACUGCUCCCAGCUUGGGGUUGCUCCUGGAGAUAAUCUCACUUGUUAGAUUAUUAAUCAUACAUAGUUUUAUAAUUAAGUACAUGCAUGCAAUGUAUGAUAAUAAAUUGGUGGGAGAUCAUGAGAUGCCCCACUGUGUAAUGUAGGCCAUUACACUUUGUGUACGUGUUCAUUAGUGGCUCUAAAAAUCUUUGAUGAAUAAAUAAAAUCUAUAUCUUGAUAAUAA